ACGGCGGUAUAAGCUGUCUAAAACGGCCUCGAAUAAAACCCUCAGAUAUUUGCACUUACCAGCAUUACACAGCCUUCGUCUUUUAAUCGCAUGAGGAUGUUUUACACGUGUGGUCCCAACGAGGCGAUGGUGGUGUCGGGAUUAUGCCGUUCUCCUCCUCUUAUGGUCUCCGGUGGGAUGGUCUUUGUGAUUCCCUGUGUUCAGCAGAUCCAGAGGAUCUCGUUGAACACUCUGACUCUGAAUGUGAAGAGUGAUAAAGUGUACACCAGACACGGAGUCCCCAUCUCUGUCACCGGCAUUGCCCAGGUGAAGAUCCAGGGCCAGAAUAAGCAGAUGUUGGCCGCAGCCUGUCAGAUGUUUUUGGGCAAGUCAGAGGGCGAGAUCGCCCAUAUCGCCCUAGAGACCCUGGAGGGACAUCAGAGGGCAAUCAUCGCCCAUCUGACUGUAGAGGAGAUCUAUAAGGACCGUAAGAAGUUCUCUGAGCAGGUGUUUAAGGUGGCCUCUUCUGACCUGGUCAACAUGGGUAUUAGCGUGGUUAGCUACACGCUGAAAGAUGUUCACGACGACCAGGAUUACCUUCACUCCCUGGGGAAGGCCCGAACAGCCCAAGUUCAGAAAGAUGCUCGUAUUGGUGAAGCCCUGAACAAAAGAGACGCUGUAAUCAGGGAAGCCCAUGCGAUGCAGGAGAAGGUGUCUGCUCAGUAUAUGAAUGAGAUUGAAAUGGCCAAGGCUCAGAGAGAUUACGAACUGAAGAAAGCUGCCUACGACAUAGAGGUCAACACCAAAAGGGCGGAGUCUGAGAUGGCCUAUCAGCUGCAGGUGGCGAAGACGAAGCAGCGUAUAGAGGAGGAGAAGAUGCAGGUGCAGGUGGUGGAGAGGACUCAGCAGAUCACCCUUCAGGAACAGGAGAUCGCGCGCAGGGAGAGGGAGCUGGAGGCAAAGGUCAAGAAACCCGCGGACGCCGAGCGCUACCGUCUGGAGAAGCUGGCCGAAGCCGAGCGUCUCCAGUUAAUUAUGGAGGCGGAGGCUGAGGCGGAGGCCAUCAGGGUCAGAGGGGAGGCUGAGGCCUAUGCUGUGGAGGCCAAAGGUCGUGCAGAGGCAGAGCAGAUGGCUAAGAAAGCAGAGGCCUUCCAGCAGUACAAAGAGGGUGCCAUGGUGGACAUGCUACUGGAGAAACUGCCACUGAUGGCGGAGGAGAUCAGUAAGCCACUCUCGGCCGCUCAGAAGGUUACUAUGGUUUCCAGCGGAGGCUCAGAGGUGGGCGCGGCCAAACUGACUGGAGAAGUGCUGGACAUUAUGACUCGGCUGCCAGACACCAUAGAGAAACUUACUGGAGUCAGCAUCUCUCAGGUUAGACCUGUUCCAAAACACACACACCCUUCUGACACAGCUGUGCAGAGUUUUUGA